AUGAAGUUCACUCUCCAGUCCGCCGUCCUCGCCCUCGCCUUCGCCCUCCAGGCGAGCGCCGCCGCUGUCGAAGACCCCACGAUGGCCGCCGUCCGCCGCAACACCCUCCUCAUGGAGCGCCAGGGUGUCAAUGACAACCGUCCCGUCGCCAACGGCGCCUGCUGCAUCGCCAACACGAGCUUGAAGGAGGAUGUCUGCACCGUCAACGGCCAGAGUGGUCGCUGCGUUCCUGACAACAUCAACAACUGCGGCGCCAAGUUGACCUGCAUCGAGGACAGCAGACUGGCCUGCGACCCCAACAAGCUCGAGCGCGGCCGCCCCUUUUGCCGCCGUCGCCCGGGUGCGUAA